GCUAACAAAUAACAAUACGAUUAAGUAUUUGAAGAUUAUUCUGUACUAUAGAGCGCUCUAAUCAUAAUGGUAUCAGUACAUUAAUUCCUAUACCUUCGAUCUUGAACGUUUAUUAUUGAACAUCAGCCUGCGUCGAUCGACCAACUGUGUAAAAGUAUAGGUUUAUUCAGGGUAUAGUUUUACCACCGACUUCGAUCGAAAGCCGUAUACAUGUCUCAUAUCGCACAUUGACUACGUUACAAGGAGUUCAUUUUGGACGGAUUCCACUUCGCACGUAAUUCAACAUGAGAAAAUCGUUGUCGAACCGCACGCUUUAUCAAACGUUGUGCAGGAAGAAAACGUUUACUGAGGAUGUCGAACCGGGAAAAGAUAAGUUGAAACGAGUGUUGAAUAUAUUCGACUUGACCGCUCUGGGAAUUGGUUCCACUUUAGGAUGUGGCGUAUAUGUGUUGGCCGGGACGGUGGCCAAAUCCAUCGCUGGACCAGCGGUCGUACUGUCUUUCAUCGUGGCGGCGAUCGUCUCAUCGUUUUCCGGAGUUUGUUACGCUGAAUUCGCUGGUCGUGUACCCAAAGCUGGAUCUGCAUAUAUUUACAGUUACGUGACCGUUGGAGAAUUUAUUGCGUUUUUUAUAGGUUGGACUUUGUACAUUGAACACACUAUUGGUACAGCUUCCGUCGCCAAGGCAAUGACUAAUUAUUUAGAUGCUUUACUCGGAGAUCCUCAAAAGAGAUAUUUUAAAAAACAUUUUCCAAUGCAUGUGGAUUUUUUGGGCGAAUAUCCAGAUUUUGCAUCGUUCUUUUUCGUCAUAUUUAUUGCGUUAAUUGUAGCUUGGGGUGUCAAGAAAUCUUCAACCCUCAAUAAAGCGUUUACUAUGUUGAACUUGUUAACAUUGGGUACAGUAGUCGUUAGUGGCUUUUUUCUAGGUAAACUGUCCAAUUGGUUUAUUCCAAAGAGUGAAAUUCCACCGGGAGUGGAUGGCGGUGACGGAGGAUUUUCACCAUUCGGUUGGAACGGAAUAAUCGCAGGUGCUGCUAGAUGCUUUUACGGGUUUAUUGGAUUCGAUUCCAUCGCUACUACAGGUGAAGAGACCAAAGAUCCGAAAAGAACCAUUCCUCUAGCGAUCAUAUUAUCGUUGUUCUUCGUCACGUUGGCAUAUUCUAGUGUAGCGUCGGUGUUAACUUUGAUGUGGCCAUAUUACGAUCAAGACCCGGACGCACCUCUGCCCGUCAUUUACGAGAACAUGGGAAUGCCAAUCAUCAAAUAUAUGGUUACCUGCGGCGCGGUAUUCGCUCUUAUGACGACCUUAUUAGGAUGUUUAUUUCCUAUACCGAGAAUCUUAUACGCCAUGUCCAGCGACGGUCUUUUGUUCAAGUGCUUAUCGACGGUCAAUGAAAAAACAAAGACUCCCGUUUUGGCGACAAUGAUUUGCGGAAUUGGCACUGGCUUGCUGUCGUCCAUGUUCAAUCUUGAACAACUCGUCGAGAUGACGUCUAUUGGCACACUCAUGUCGUAUCUGAUGGUUUGCGUCUGUAUUUUGAUACUCAGGUAUAAAAACAACAAUUCAGUCAGUCAGGACUUGGACAACUCAGAAGUUCAUAUAAUUUACAAGUGGUGGAAUGCAUCGAACACAGGACUGACCAACACAGAUUCCCAAUACGUGUCGAGAGUGCUUAUACUCACUUACACAUUUGCCGCGUUUGUGUUUUGCAUUUGUAUGACGAACGUUAACUAUUGCGAAGGGUCUUUGCAGUUAUCGUUGACUAUCGUAAUUGGGAUUUCAGUUGCAACCUUAUUGAUUUCCCUGUUUAUGUUAUGUAGACUUCCACAAGCCGUCGAAAAUCUGUCGUUUAGGGUACCUUUUGUUCCUCUAGUGCCAUGUUUGAGUAUAUUACUUAAUUUGUACUUAAUGAUGGAGCUGAAUAUCAAAACUUGGAUGAGAUUUGGUAUAGGGAUUGUAGUAGGAUUAUUGAUAUAUGCGUUCUACGGAGUUCACAAUAGUUUGGAAGGUUUUAAACAACAAGCAAUUAAAGACAAAGAACACAAACAAGAUUCAAAAAUCUCUAACUAAUUCGUUACACGCAAUACAUGCAAUAAAAUAUUUGCAUUUAUAAUAUUAUAAUAUAGCUGAUAAUUUCAUAUUCUUAUAGUAUUAUAAAAUACAACCAUUUACUGUAUUAUAUCUGAAAAUUGUGGUGCAUUUUUUAUUUUUAUGAAUUACUAUAAUUACGAAACUUUGUUAAAAUGUCGUGUGUAGGUAUAACUAUUAUUAUUUCCUGCCACGGCUAGUUUGUAAUACUUUAUUCCAUAAUUAUUUAAAUGUGCCUACCUAUUAUUAAAAUAAUUAUUUACCAAUA